AUGGCAAACAAGAUCCCUACCUGCAUCUCCAGAGAUGCUUCUUGUAGCACCACCAGUUUCGACAUCAAUGGUAUUAAUUUUAUAUUUAUUUUGUUACUUAUAUUUAUAUAACUGGCGCUUUUAAAAUUUUUACACACAGCAGGUGCUCUGGUAUUUUUAAAUUAGCUUAUUUCGAAACGUUUUGACAAUAAAUUUCUCAUGAGUCCGAGCUAGUGAUCGUAACAUCAUAGAUUAAAAUAAUAGUCAUAGCACCUGCUUCUUUGGUUACCACGAGAGAAUGUUUACGCGGUGGGAACAACAACAACAUUUCCACUUGAAGUUCAAUCCUACACUUAACAUGUCACGCCGUAAAGCGAGAGAAGCUUUCCUCAUAAAUAGAGGGAAAAAGUUUUCACCUGAGGGUUUAAACGUAAGGACGAACGUUGAACUGUACCUUAUCAAUCUAUCAAAUUUAAGGAACAGUUAUAAACUGUUCCUUUUCACUGCAGCCCUGGCCCUGAGGAAGGCUAAUUUUGUUAGCCGAAAUAUUGGCGUCAAAUAAAUCAAACCUUUGCCGUAUUGCCAGCCUUGCAAUUAGCUUUGCUUGGACCCAAUUAGAAUACAAUGUACAAACAAUAAUGAUGACAAUGAUAACAAUAAUGAUGCAUCCGUAAAUCCUCUAUUAAGCCCCCACACUCAGAUAAGUCCUCCCCUUCUUUGGCCAUGAAGGACGUCUCCCCCAAGCGAUCAAGCGACCUAUAACCCGAGAGGGAUUUAAAAAAAAAUAAAAAUGAUUUUUAGCAUUACACAGCGUUGCAAUGCGGGAACAAUGUCGUAACCAUUCAAAACAAUGUCGCAACAAUGUUGCAACGCUGUGUUGCGCUAAAAAUCGUCGUUGCGAAUCGUCCCGUGUAACAUCACCUUAACAUACGUUUUGCGGGGACACACUGGGAAUGGUCAAGGUGUAAGGACGGUUUUUUGGUGCUUAAUUAAGUUUAAUUAGUUAAGUUUAUUGAGUUUAGCGCCUUAAUUUAUGACUGCCUGUUUGCUUUGUGUUUUACCUCUCAACUACAGAGGCUCACAAGAUGUUGACAAUGCUUGCACAAGAAGAUCGCGAACACGUUUUGCGUGGCAUGCAAGCUAUUAUUGACAGCUACGCUGUGAAGACAGUGGGGAAGGUAAGUGGCUAUUAAGACGUACUGAGGCUCCCUGUUAGCUUAUAUAAUUUCUCUUAUAUUAAGGAAAGGCAGCUAGGUUUGCAUUUCCCUCCUUUUUAGCUCACAGAUGACGUAGUCAUUUCAUGGAAUUUUGGAGGCAGUCGAAUGGCACUCGAUCACUCACUCACUCACUCACUCACUCACUCACUCGACUCUAGUUAAUGUAUUCUAUACCUGCCAAGUGUCAUACCUAAGGCGUGAUUGUCACGCCUGCGGAUCGAAAAGCUCGAUGAUCUCACGCCUACUUACGCCUGUGUUCAAUUUGUCACGUCUGGUAUAUUACGAGCAUUAACUAACACAUCUUUAAAAAUAUUUUGCGUUCGAGGUACGAGAAAGCAACCCCUAAUUUGUGUUGGUAUUCUGUGCAUUAUUGGGUAUCUUGUGCAAUUAAUAAGGGAGUUUUUUUCGAGAUUGCAUUCGUCAUCGUCGUCGACACACAUUUGCCUCGCUUUGAGGCGCUUGCUUACGUUUUGCCUCACUUUGACGCGCUAACUAAAUCGACGAAUCCUUUCCGUUUGUGUGACAAAUACUGUGCAUUGUUGUAGUAAAAUAGAAAUGGUACAGCAGCGAGCUGCCGGUUGUGUGUGGCAGCCGAUGGAAUGCAGCAAUUGAUCAAAAUGCAGUGGGCUAGUAGGUAUAUGAAUUUAAAUGCAUCUGAAGUACCAUAAUUUAUUAAAGAACUUAAUCACAACGGCUCGUUCUUCUCACACACUAAAAACUUUAUUGGAUAGCAGCAUUUGACGCUUGAUUUUCAUCUGCUGUCCAACUGUCAGAUUACAAGCAGCUUCAUAUCAUAUAUAUUGGACAGUUCCAGUGCAGCAUUAAUCAAAUUUGUUAUGGUAGUACGACUGAUGAGCACAGUAUAAUUGAGCGCGUAAAACAAGAAUGAAAAUGCGUGGUAAAUUAUAAUAAUAAAAAUGAAUAUCGAGUUGCCAAACGUUUUUUGAGCAUUUUAACCGGAUGUUCAUCAACUAGCAUAUGCCAUCCAUUGAACUGUAUUCUUCCCGUUGUUUCUGUUUACAGGCAAAAGAUGACGUAUCGUCUUCAACGAGCCGUGGACAAAUAAGAUCUUCAAAGAAACGAAGAGGAAGGAAAAGGUCAUGAUCUUUGUGGUCAUCAUUGAGUCUACACCUACUAUCGAGGCGGGCACGUUCGGUCAACGAACAUUUAGUUCCGCCUUACUAGUAACCGAGCAACAGUCAUGAUCAUACCGGAUGUUGUGCUACGGACGAGGCAGCAGCUGCAGCAAAACUUAAGGAGGAAGAACCUUCCUCUGACACCAAUGAUGGAAAAAUAAUUUCUUCCGUUGUGUUACCAGACUUGACAGAGGUCUCAAUUAUUGAGAUGUCUGUAAAAGAAGAGGAGUUGAGGCUGCUCAAUCAAGAGGCCAGAUCAAGUGUUGGCCUUAUGGAGGCUCCUUAUAUGGAGGUGGAAGCAACUGCAGCACAAAUUGAGGAAGAAGCACCAUUCCCUGACACCAAUGAUCCAGGGUUAUUGACGUGUGAGAACAGUCCUGCAACGUGCAUGGGUGAAGUUGACUUGAGUGAAAAGGGUCAUCAUAAAGGCCUUGUUUCUUCAGCUAAUACCAAUGUUGGUAAAGAUAAGGUAAGAGGGGUUUAUGUGAUUUCUUAAUUGAUAUAUAUAUGUAUCAUAGUAUAUGUUUUAAAAUUAUAAAAGUCACUCACCAGGAACUUUGUUAACAGUUGACAAACAUUUUGGGAUUUUUUCAAGUGCAUUUUUACGGUUUUGUUGCAAAUUCAGCAGGAAAAUAAGUAAACCCCGAGAAGCCAAAGUUCGUCGAUUUCUUGGAAUUUUAUUGUUUUUACGAAUGUUUCAUUUAUAGCUCAAAAUUUGUCUUUCCGAAAGUUUCUCGAAAAAUGGUGAAUAGCCAAGGAUAUUUCGAAUUUCGGGAGCUAAUCAAAACACGCGAAAAUUACUAUUCGCUGAUUUGGUAAAUAGUUACUCUAGAUAUCCCGUAUAGCCAAUCACAGCACCCAAAAAUUACUAUCCACUGUUGUAGUAUAUACAAAUAAAGAAUACAAGGAAUAUUAAUCUCUCAAAAUCACUUGGACUGAGUCUCGUUGGUCAGUUAAAUUUCUAAAAUGUGGUGGAAAAUUUAAAUUAAGCGAAGAUCCGGUUUUCAAAAAAACUUUUUUUUCCCAUUCCUAGCCGAUAUUGCUUUAGCAGCAGAUACCAUCGGUUGAGCUGUAUUCUUCCCGUUGUUUCUGUUUACAGGCAAAAGAUGACGUAUCGUCUUCAAUGAGCCGUGGACAAAUAAGACCUUCAAAGAAACGAAGAGGAAGGAAAAGGUCAUCUAGAAACACCAGUAGUAACUCAGAUGUGGAUGAUAGCUCCGCCCGUGCAAGCCAGUUGCUUGUAAAUCAAGGCAGAAUGAUCAUUGGCUCGCACAGUCAUGAUCAUACCGGAUGUUGUGCUACGGACGAGGCAGUAGCUGCAGCAAAAAUUGAGGAGGAAGAACCAUCUUCUGACAACAAUGAUGGAAAAAUAAUUUCUUCCGUUCUGUUACCAGACCUGACAGAGGUCUCAAUUAUUGAGAUGUCUGUAACUGAAGAGGAGUUAAGGCUCCUCAAUCAAGAAGCCAGAUCAAGUGUUCGCUUUAUGGAGGCUCCUUAUAUGGAGGUGGAAGCAGCUGUAGCACAAAUUGAGGAAGAAGCACCAUUCCCUGACACCAAUGAUCCAGGGUUAUUGACUUGUGAGAACAGUCCUGCAACGUGCAUGGGUGAAGUUGACUUGAGUGAAAAGGGUCAUCAGAAAGGCCUUGUGUCUUCCGCUAAUACCAAUGUUGGUAAAGAUGAGGUAAGAGGGGUUGAUGUGAUUUCUUAAUAUGUAUGUAUUGGUCUAGGGAAAGCCGAUGAUGACAUCAUACCAUAAGUUCUCUUCGAGGAAAUAGUAACUGCAUUAUUUAAUGAGUUUAAGUAACCAAUCACAGCGUGUGAAAAAUACUAUGUAUUGUUGUAGUAAAAUAGAAACGGUACAGCAGCGAGCUGCCGGUUGUGUGUGGCAGCCGAGGGAAUGCAGCAAUAGCUCCCAAUGCAGUUGGCUAGUAGGUAUCUGAAUUUAAAUGCAUCUGAAGUACCAUAAUUUAUUAAAGAACUUAAUCACAACGACUCGUCCUUCCCACAUACUAAAAACUUCAUUGGAUAGCAGCAUUUGACGCUUGAUUUUCAUCUGUUGUCCAGUUGCUUGUAAAUCAAGGCGGAAUGAUGAUUGGCUCGUACAGUCAUGAUCAUACUGGAUGUUGUGCUACGGACGAGACAGCAGCUGCAGCAAAAAUUGAGGAGGAACAACCAUCCUCUGAGACCAAUGAUGAAAAAAUAAUUUCUUCCGUUGUGUUACCAGACCUGACAGAGGUCUCAAUUAUUGAGAUGUCUGUAACUGAAGAGGAGUUAAGGCUCCUCAAUCAAGAAGCAAGAUCAAGCGUUGGCUUUAUGGAGGCUUCUUAUAUUGAGGUGGAAGCAGCUGCAGCACAAAUUGAGGAAGAAGCACCAUCCCCUGACACCAAUGAUCCAGGGUUAUUGACUUGCAAUAACAGUCCUGCAACGUGCAUGGGUGAAGUUGACUUGUAUGAAAAAGGUCAUCAUACAGGCCUUGUGUCUUCAGCUAAUACCAAUGUUGGUAAAGAUGAGGUAGGGGGUUGAUGUGAUUUCUUAAUAUGUAUGUAUUGGUUUAGGAAAAGUCGAUGAUGACAUCAUACCAUAGGUUCUCUUCGAGAAAAUAGUAACUGCAUUAUUUAACGAGUUAAAGUAACCAAUUACAGCGUGUGAAAACUAGUAUGUAUUGUUGUAGUAAAAUAGAAACGGUACAGCAGCGAGCUGCCGCUUGUGCGUAGCAGCCGAGGGAAUGCAGCAAUUGCUCCCAAUGCAGUGGGCUAGUAUUUAUCUGAAUUUAGAUGCAUCUGAAGUACCAUAAUUUAUUAAAGAACUUAAUCACAACGACUCGUUCUUCCCACAUACUAAAAACUUUAUUGGCUAGCACUUUUGACACUUGAUUUUCAUCUGUUGUCCAACUGUCAGAUUAUAAGCAGCUUCAAAUCAGAUAGGGCAAAUUGGACAGUUCUAUUGCUGCAUUAAUCAAAUUUGUUAUGGUAGUACGACUGACUGAGCACAGUAUAAUUGAGCGCGUAGAACAAGAAGAAAAAAAAGGGAAAUUAUAACAAUAAAAAUGAAUAUCUGUUGCCAAACAUGUUUUGACCAUUUUAACCGGAUAUUCGUCAACUAACAGAUGCCAUCGGUUGAGCUGUAUUUUUCCCGUUGUUUCUGGUUACAGACAAAAGAUGAGGUAUCGUCUUCAAUGAGCCAUGGACAAAUAAGACCUUCAAAGAAACGAAGAGGAAGGAAAAGGUCAUCUAGAAACACCAGUAGUAACUCAGAUGUGGAUGAUAGCUCCGCCCGUGCAAGCCAGUUGCUUGUAAAUCAAGGCGGAAUGGUGAUUGGCUCGUACAACCAUGAUCAUACCGGAUGUUGUGAUACGGACAAGGCAGCACCUACUGCAAAAAUUGAGGAGGAAGAACCAUCCUCUGACAACAAUGAUGGAAAAAUAAUUUCUUCCGUUGUGUUACCAGACCUGACAGAGAUCUCAAUUAUUGAGAUGUCUGUAACAGAAGAGGAGUUAAGGCUCCUCAAUCAAGAAGCCAGAUCAAGUGUUGGCUUUAUGGAGGCUCCUUAUAUGGAGGUGGAAGCAGCUGCAGCACAAAUUGAGGAAGAAGCACCAUCCCCUGACACCAAUAAUGCAACGUGCAUGGGUGAAGUUGACUUGUGUGAAAAGGGUGAUCAUAAAGGCCUUGUUUCUUCAGCUAAUACCAAUGUUGGUAAAGUUGAGGUAAGAGGGGUUGAUGUGAUUUCUUAAUAAAAAUGUAUUGGUUUAGGAAAAGCCGAUGAUGACAUAAUACCUUUGUUUCUCUUCAAGGAAAUAGUAACUGCAUUAUUUAAUGAGUUUAAGUAACAAAUCACAGCAGAUGAAAACACUAUGCAUUGUUGUAGUAAAAUAUAAAUGGUACAGCAGCGAGCUGCCGGUUGUUUGUGGUAGCCGAUGGAAUGCAGCAAUUGAUCACAAUGCAGUAGGCUAGUAGUUAUCUGAAUUUAAAUGCUUCUGAAGUACCAUAAUUUGUUAAAGAACUUAAUCACAACGACUCGUUCUUCCCACAUACUGAAAACUUUAUUGGCUAGCAGCAUUUGACGCUUGAUUUUCAUCCGCUGUCCAACUGUCAGAUUACAAGCAGCUUCAGAUUAGAUAGGUCAAAUUGGACAGUUCUAUUGCUGCAUUUAUCAAUUUUUUAUUGUAGUACGACUGACUGAGCGCAGCAUAACUGAGCGCGUAGACAAGAAGAAAAAAAAAGGAAAAUUAUAACAGUAAAAAUGAAUAUCGAGUUGCCAAACGUGUUUUGACCAUUUUAACCGGAUAUUCGUCAACUAGCAGAUGCCAUCCAUUGAACUGUAUUCUUCCUGUUGUUUCUGUUUACAGACAAAAGAUGACGUAUCGUCUUCAAUGAGCCGUGGACAAAGAAGAUCUUCAAAGAAACGAAGAGGAAGGAAAAGGUCAUCUAGAAACAACAGUAGUAACUCAGAUGUGGAUGAUAGCUCCGCCCGUGCAAGCCAGUUGCUUGUAAAUCAAGGCGGAAUGAUCAUUGGCUCGUACAGUCAUGAUCAUACCGGAUGUUGUGAUACGGACAAGGCAGCACCUACUGCAAAAAUUGAGGAGGAAGAACCAUCCUCUGACAACAAUGAUGGAAAAAUAAUUUCUUCCGUUGUGUUACCAGACCUGACAGAGGUCUCAAUUAUUGAGAUGUCUGUAACAGAAGAGGAGUUAAGGCUCCUCAAUCAAGAAGCCAGUUCAAGUGUUGGCUUUAUGGAGGCUCCUAAUAUGGAGGUGGAAGCAGCUGCAGAACAAAUUGAGGAGGAAGAACCAUCCCCUGACACCAAUGAUCCAGGGUUAUUGACUUGUGAGAACAGUCCUGCAACGUGCAUGGGUGAAGUUGAUUUCUGUGAAAAGGGUGAUCAUAAAGGCCUCGUUUCUUCAGCUAAUACCAAUGUUGGUAAAGAUGAGGUAAGACGGGUUGAUGUGAUUUCUUAAUUCGUGUACUCAUAGUAUAUUUUUUUAAAUUAUAAACGUCUCUUAGUAGGAACUUUGUUAAGAGUUUACAAACAUUUUGGGAUUUUUUCAAGCGCAUUUUUACGAUUUUGUUGCAAAUUCAGCAUCAAAAUAAUUUUCUACCUACCAGUAAACACCGAGAGCAGCUUCAAAUCAGAUAGGUCAAAUUGGACAGUUCUAAUUCUGCAUUAAUCAAAUUUGUUAUGGUAGUACGACUGUCUGAGAGCAGUAUAAUUGAGCGCGUAGAACAAGAAGAAAAAAAAAGGGAAAUUAUAACAACAAAAAUGAAUAUCGAGUUGGCAAACGUGUUUUGACCAUUUUAACCGGAUAUUCGUCAACUAGCAGAUCCCAUCGGUCGAGCUGUAUUUUCCCGUUGUUUCUGUUUACAGACAAAAGAUGACGUAUUGUCUUCAAUGAUCCAUGGACAAAGAAGAUCUUCAAAGAAACGAAGAGGAAGGAAAAGGUCAUCUAGAAACACCAGUAGUAACUCAGAUGUGGAUGAUAGCUCCGCCCGUGCAAGCCAGUUGCUUGUAAAUCAAGGCGGAAUUAUCAUUGCCUCGUACAGUGAUGAUCAUACCGGAUGUUGUGCUGCGAACGAGACAGCAGCUGCAGCAAAAAUUGUGGAGGAAGAACCACCCUCUGACACCAAUGAUGAAAAAAUAAUUUCUUCCGUUGUGUUACCAGACCUGACAGAGGUCUCAAUUAUUGAGAUGUCUGUAACAGAAGAGGAGUUAAGGCUCCUCAAUCAAGAAGCCAGAUCAAGUGUUGGCUUUAUGGAGGCUCCUUAUAUGGAGGUGGAAGCAGCUGCAGCACAAAUUGAGGAAGAAGCACCAUCCCCUGACACCAAUGAUCCAGGGUUAUUGACUUGUGAGAACAGUCCUGCAACGUGCAUGGGUGAAGUUGUCUUCUGUGAAAAGAGUCAUCAUGAAGGCCUUGUUUCUUACGCUAAUACCGAUGUUGGUAAAGAUGAGGUAAGAGGGGUUGAUGUGAUUUCUUAAUUCGCAUAUAUGUGGAUCAUAGUAUAUUUUUUUAAAUUAUAAACGUCUCUUAGUAGGAACUUUGUUAACGGUUUACAACGUUCUGGGAUUUUUUCAAGGGGAUUUUUACGAUUUUGUUGCAAAUUUAGCAUGAAAAUAUUUUUCUACCUACCAGUAAACACCGAGAGCAGCUUCAAAUCAGAUAGGUCAAAUUGGACAGUUCUAAUGCUGCAUUAAUCAAAUUUGUUAUGGUAGUACGACUGUCUGAGCGCAGUAUAAUUGAGCGCGUAGAAGAAGAAGAAAAAAAAGAGAAAUUAUAACAACAAAAAUAAAUAUCGAGUUGGCAAACGUGUUUUGACCAUUUUAACCUGAUAUUCGUCAACUAGCAGAUGCCAUCGGUUGAGCUGUAUUCUUUCCGUUGUUUCUGUUUACAGACAAAAGAUGACGUAUGGUCUUCAAUGAGCCAUGGACAAAUAAGACCUUCAAAGAAACGAAGAGGAAGGAAAAGGUCAUCUAGAAACGACAGUAGUAACUCAGAUGUGGAUGAUAGCUCCGCCCGUGCAAGCCAGUUGCUUGUAAAUCAAGGCGGAAUUAUCAUUGCCUCGUACAGUGAUGAUCAUACCGGAUGUUGUGCUGCGAACGAGACAGCAGCUGCAGCAAAAAUUGUGGAGGAAGAACCACCCUCUGACACCAAUGAUGAAAAAAUAAUUUCUUCCGUUGUGUUACCAGACCUGACAGAGGUCUCAAUUAUUGAGAUGUCUGUAACAGAAGAGGAGUUAAGGCUCCUCAAUCAAGAAGCCAGAUCAAGUGUUGGCUUUAUGGAGGCUCCUUAUAUGGAGGUGGAAGCAGCUGCAGCACAAAUUGAGGAAGAAGCACCAUCCCCUGACACCAAUGAUCCAGGGUUAUUGACUUGUGAGAACAGUCCUGCAACGUGCAUGGGUGAAGUUGAUUUCUGUGAAAAGGGUCAUUUUAAAGGCCUUGUUUCUUCAGCUAAUACCAAUGUUGGUAAAGAUGAGGUAAGAGGGGUUGAUGUGAUUUCUUAAUAAAAAUGUAUUGGUUUAGGGAAAGCCGAUGAUGACAUCAUACCAUUGUUUCUCUUCAAGGAAAUAGUAACUGCAUUAUUUAACGACUUUAAGUAACCAAUCGCAGCAAUAAAAAAAAAUUGCAUUGUUGUAGUAAAAUAGAAAUGGUACAGCAGCGAGCUGCCGGUUGUGUGUGACAGCCGAUGGAAUGCCGCAAUUGAUCCCAAUGCAGUGGGCUAGUAUUUAUCUGAAUUUAAAUGCAUCUGAAGUACCAUAAUUUGUUAAAGAACUUAAUCACAACGACUCGUUCUUCCCACAUACUAAAAACUUUAUUGGAUAGCAGCAUUUGACGCUUGAUUUUCAUCUGCUGUCCAACUGUCAGAUUACAAGCGGCUUCAUAUCAGAUAGGUCAAAUUGGACAGUUCUAUUGCUGCAUUAAUCAAAUUUGUUAUGGUAGUACGACUGACUGACUGAGCGCAGUAUAACUGAGCGCGUAGAACAAGAAUGAAAAUGUGUGGUAAAUUGCAAUGAUAAAAAUAAAUAUCGAGUGGCCAAACGUUUUUUGUGCAUUCUAAGCGAAUAUUCGUCAAUUGGCAGAUGCCAUCCGUUGAGGUGUAUUCUUCUUGUUAUUUCUGUUUACAGACAAAAGAUGACGUAUCGUCUUCAAUGAGCCAUGGACAAAGAAGAUCUUCAAAGAAUCGAAGAGGAAGGAAAAGGUCAUCUAGGAACACCAGUAGUAACUCAGAUGUGGAUGAUAGCUCCGCCCGUGCAAGCCAGUUGCUUGUAAAUCAAGGCGGAAUGAUGAUUGGCUCGUACAGUCAUGAUCAUACCGGAUGUUGUGCUACAGACGAGACAGCAGCUGCAGCAAAAAUUGAGGAGGAACAACCAUCCUCUGAGACCAAUGAUGAAAAAAUAAUUUCUUCCGUUGUGUUACCAGACCUGACAGAGGUCUCAAUUAUUGAGAUGUCUGUAACAGAAGAGGAGUUAAGGCUGCUCAAUCAAGAGGCGAGAUCAAGUGUUGGUUUUAUGGAGGCCCCUUAUAUAGAGGUGGAAGCAGCUGCAGCACAAAUUGAGGAGGAAGAACCAUCCCCUGACACCAAUGAUCCAGGGUUAUUGACUUGUGAGAACAGUCCUGCAACGUGCAUGGGUGAAGUUGACUUGUGUGAAAAAGGUCAUCUUAAAGGCCUUGUUUCUUCAGCUAAUACCAAUGUUAGUAAAGAUGAGGUAAGAGGGGUUGAUGUGAUUUCUUAAUUCGUAUAUAUAUGGAUCAUAGUAUAUUUUUUAAAAUUAUAAACGUCUCUUAGUAGGAACUUUGUUAACAGUUUACAAACAGUUUGGUAUUUUUUCAAGUGCAUUUUUACGAUUUUGUUGCAAAUUUAGCAUGAAAAUUAUUUUCUACCUACCAGUAAACACAGAGAGUAGCUUCAAAUCAGAUAGGUCAAAUUGGACAGUUCUAGUGCUGCAUUAAUCAAAUUUGUUAUGGUAGUACGACUGACUGAGCGCAGUAUAAUUGAGUGCGUAGAACAAGAAGUAAUAGUUAAUAAGUAAUAAGUAAUAAUUUUCUACUUACUAGUAAACACCGAGAAGCCAAAGUUCGUUAGUUUAUUGGAAUUUUAUUGUUUGUACGAAUGUUUUAUUUAUUGCUCAAAUUUUGUCUUUCCGAAAAUUUCUCGAAAAACAGUGAAUAGCCUAGGAUAUUUCGAAUUUCGGGAGCCAAUCAAAAACGGGGAAAUUUACUAUUCGCUGAUUUGGUGAAUAGUAACACUAGAUAUCCUGUAGCCAAUCAGACCGCCCAAAAAUCAUUAUCCACUGUUGUAGUAUAUACAAAUAAAGAAUACAAGGAAUAUUAAUCUCUCAAAAUCACUUGGACUGAGUCUCGUUGGUAAGUUAAAUUUCUAAAGUGUGGUGGAAAAUUUAAAUUAAGAGAAGAUCCAGUUUUCCAAUUUUUUUUUUUUUCGCAUUCCUAGCCGUUAUUUCUUUAGCAGCAGAUACCAUCCGUUGAGUUGAAUUCUUUCUGUUGUAGGAAGUAGGAGUAUUAUCUUCAAUGCGGAGCCAUGAAGAAAGAAAAUCUUCCAAGGAAAGAAGAGGAAGAAAAAGAUCAUUUAGCAGUAUAAGUAGAACCUCAGACGUGGAUAAUACUUCCCAUGUCCCAAGAAAGUUGUUGAAAUAUGAAGAAGUUGUUUCCUCAGCUAAUAUCAAUGUUGGAAAAGAUGAGGUAACAGGGGCUGAUGUGAUUUCUUGAUAUAUAUGCAUUAGCUGCGGGGACUAUGGUGAUUAUAAAAAGAUUAGGGAAAGGUGGUGAGUCUCGUUGGUAAGUUAAAUUUCUAAAAUGUGGUGGAAAAUUUAAAUUAAGAGAUAGAUCCAGUUUUCAAAAGGUUUUUUUUUUUCGCAUUCCUAGCCGAUAUUGCUUUAGCAGCAGAUACCAUCGGUAUUCGAGGAAAUAGUAACUGCAUUAUUUAAUGAGUUUAAGUAACCAAUCACAGCGUGUGAAAAAUACUAUGUAUUGUUGUAGUAAAAUAGAAACGGUACAGCAGCGAGCUGCCGGUUGUGUGUGGCAGCCGAUGGAAUGCCGCAAUAGCUCCCAAUGCAGUUGGCUAGUAGGUAUCUGAAUUUAAAUGCAUCUGAAGUACCAUAAUUUAUUAAAAAACUUAAUCACAACGACUCGUUCUUCCCACAUACUAAAAACUUCAUUGGAUAGCAACAUUUGACGCUUGAUUUUCAUCUGUUGUCCAGUUCCUUGUAAAUGAAGGCGGAAUGAUGAUUGGCUCGUACAGUCAUGAUCAUACUGGAUGUCGUGCUACGGACGAGACAGCAGCUGCAGCAAAAAUUGAGGAGGAAGAACCAUCCUCUGAGACCAAUGACGAAAAAAUAAUUUCUUCCGUUGUGUUACCAGACCUGACAGAGGUCUCAAUUAUUGAGAUGUCUGUAACUGAAGAGGAGUUAAGGCUCCUCAAUCAAGAAGCCAGAUCAAGCGUUGGCUUUAUGGAGGCUUCUUAUAUGAAGGUGGAAGCAGCUGCAGCACAAAUUGAGGAAGAAGCACCAUCCCCUCACACCAAUGAUCCACGGUUAUUGACUUGCAAUAACAGUCCUGCAACGUGCAUGGGUGAAGUUGACUUGUAUGAAAAAGGUCAUCAUACAGGCAUUGUGUCUUCAGCUAAUACCAAUGUUGGUAAAGAUGAGGUAGGGGGUUGAUGUGAUUUCUUAAUAUGUAUGUAUUGGUUUAGGAAAAGCCGAUGAUGACAUCAUACCAUAGGUUCUCUUCGAGAAAAUAGCAACUGCAUUAUUUAACGAGUUUAAGUAACCAAUUACAGCGUGUGAACACUAGUAUGUAUUGUUGUAGUAAAAUAGAAACGGUACAGCAGCGAGCUGCCGCUUGUGCGUAGCAGCCGAGGGAAUGCAGCAAUUGCUCCCAAUGCAGUGGGCUAGUAUUUAUCUGAAUUUAGAUGCAUCUGAAGUACCAUAAUUUAUUAAAGAACUUAAUCACAACGACUCGUUCUUCCCACAUACUAAAAACUUUAUUGGAUAGCAGCAUUUGAGGCUUGAUUUUCAUCUGCUGUCCAACUGUCAAAUUACAAGCGCCUUCAAAUCAGAUAGGUCAAAUUGGACAGUUCUAUUGCUACAUUAAUCAAAUUUGUUAUGGUAAUACGAUUGACUGACUGAGCGCAGCAUAACUGAGCGCGUAGAACAAGAAUGAAAAUGUGUGGUAAAUUAUAAUGAUAAAGAUAAAUAUCGAGUGGCCAAACGUUUUUUGUGCAUUCUAAGCGAAUAUUCGUCAAUUGGCAGAUGCCAUCCGUUGAGCUGUAUUCUUUCUGUUAUUUCUGUUUACAGACAAAAGAUGACGUAUCGUCUUCAAUGAGCCAUGGACAAAGAAGAUCUUCAAAGAAACGAAGAGGAAGGAAAAGGUCAUCUAGAAACACCAGUAGUAACUCAGAUGUGGAUGAUAGCUCCGCCCGUGCAAGCCAGUUGCUUGUAAAUCAAGGUGGAGUGAUCAUUGGCUCGUACAAUCAUGAUCAUACCGGAUGUUGUGAUACGGACCAGACAACAGCUGCAGAAAAAAUUGAGGAGGAAGAACCUUCCUCUGAGACCAAUGAUGAAAAAAUAAUUUCUUCCGUUGUGUUACCAGACCUGACAGAGGUCUCAAUUAUUGAGACCUCUGUAACAGAAGAGGAGUUAAGGCUCCUCAAUCAAGAGGCGAGAUCAAGUGUUGGUUUUAUGGAGGCUCCUUAUAUAGAGGUGGAAGCAGCUGCAGCACAAAUUGAGGAAGAAGCACCAUCCCCUGACACCAAUGAUCCAGGGUUAUUGAUUUGUGAGAACAGUCUUGCAACGUGCAUGGGUGAAGUUGACUUUUGUGAAAAGGGUGAUCAUAAAGGCCUUGUUUCUUCAGCUAAUACCAAUGUUGGUAAAGUUGAGGUAAGAGGGGUUGAUGUGAUUUCUUAAUAAAAAUGUAUUGGUUUAGGUAAAGCCGAUGAUGACAUAAUACCUUUGUUUCUCUUCAAGGAAAUAGUAACUGCAUUAUUUAACGAGUUUAAGUAACCAAUCACAGCAGGUGAAAAACACUAUGCAUUGUUUAGUAAAAUAGAAUCGGUACAGCAGCGAGCUGCCGGUUGUUUGUGGUAGCCGAUGGAAUGCAGCAAUUGAUCCCAAUGCAGUAAGCUAGUAGUUAUCUGAAUUUAAAUGCUUCUGAAGUACCAUAAUUUAUUAAAGAACUUAUUCACAACGACUCGUUCUUCCCACAUACUGGAAACUUUAUUGGCUAGCAGCAUUUGACGCUUGAUUUUCAUCCGCUGUCCAACUGUCAGAUUACAAGCAGCUUCAAAUCAGAUAGGUCAAAUUGGACAGUUCUAUUGCUGCAUUUAUCAAUUUUUUAUUGUAGUACGACUGACUGAGCGCAACAUAACUGAGCGCGUGGAAGAAGAAGAAAAAAAAGGAAAAUUAUAACAAUAAAAAUGAAUAUCGAGUUGCCAAACGUGUUUUGACCAUUUUAAGCGGAUAUUCAUCUACUAGCAUAUGCCAUCCAUUGAACUGUAUUCUUCCUGUUGUUUCUGUUUACAGACAAAAGAUGACGUAUCGUCUUCAAUGAGCCGUGGACAAAGAAGAUCUUCAAAGAAACGAAGAGGAAGGAAAAGGUCAUCUAGAAACACCAGUAGUAACUCAGAUGUGGAUGAUAAAUCCGCCCGUGCAAGCCAGUUGCUUGUAAAUCAAGGCGGAAUGAUGAUUGGCUCGUACAAUCAUGAUCAUACCGGAUGUUGUGCUACGGACGAGGCAGCACCUACCGCAAAAAUUGAGGAGGAAGAACUAUCCUCUGACAACAAUGAUGGAAAAAUAAUUUCCUCCGUUGUGUUACCAGACCUGACAGAGGUCUCAAUUAUUGAGAUGUCUGUAACAGAAGAGGAGUUAAGGCUCCUCAAUCAAGAGGCGAGAUCAAGUGUUGGUUUUAUGGAGGCUCCUUAUAUAGAGGUGGAAGCAGCUGCAGCACAAAUUGAGGAGGAAGAACCAUCCCCUGACACCAAUGAUCCAGGGUUAUUGACUUGUGAGAACACUCCUGCAACGUGCAUGGGUGAAGUUGACUUGAGUGAAAAGGGUGAUCAUAAAGGCCUUGUUUCUUCAGCUAAUACCAGUGUUGGUAAAGAUGAGGUAAGAGGGGUUGAUGUAAUUUCUUAAUUCGUGUACUCAUAGUAUAUUUUUUUAAAUUAUAAAACUUCUCAUAGUAGGAACUUUGUUAAGAGUUUACAAACAUUUUGGGAUUUUUUCAAGUGCAUUUUUACGAUUUCGAUGCAAAUUCAGCAAGAAAAUAAUUUUCUACCUACCAGUAAACACCGAGAGCAGCUUCAAAUCAGAUAGGUCAAAUUGGACAGUUCUAGUGUUGCAUUAAUCAAAUUUGUUAUGGUAGUACGACUGUCUAAGCGCAGUAUAAUUGAGCGCGUAGAACAAGAAGAAAAAAAAAGGGAAAUUAUAACAACAAAAAUGAAUAUCGAGUUGCGAAACGUGUUUUAAGCAUUUUAACCGCAUAUUCGUCAACUAGCAGAUGCCAUCGGUCGAGCUGUAUUCUUCCGGUUGUUUCUGUUUACAGACAAAAGAUGAGGUAUUGUCUUCAAUGAUCCAUGGACAAAGAAGAUCUUCAAAGAAACGAAGAGGAAGGAAAAGGUCAUCUAGAAACACCAGUAGUAACUCAGAUGUGGAUGAUAGCUCCGCCCGUGCAAGCCAGUUGCUUGUCAAUCAAGGCAGAAUGAUCAUUGGCUCGUACAGUCAUGAUCAUACCGGAUGUUGUGCUACGGACCAGACAACAGCUGCAGAAAAAAUUGAGGAGGAAGAACCAUCCUCUGAGACCAAUGAUGAAAAAAUAAUUUCUUCCGUUGUGUUACCAGACCUUACAGAGGUCUCAAUUAUUGAGAUGUCUGUAACAGAAGAGGAGUUAAGGCUCCUCAAUCAAGAAGCCAGUUCAAGUGUUGGUUUUAUGGAGGCUCCUUAUAUGGAGGUGAAAGCAGCUGCAGCACAAAUUGAGGAAGAAGCACCAUCCCCUGACACCAAUGAUCCAGGGUUAUUGACUUGUGAGAACAGUCCUGCAACGUGCAUGGGUGAAGUUGACUUGAGUGAAAAGGGUGAUCAUAAAGGCCUUGUUUCUUCAGCUAAUACCAGUGUUGGUAAAGUUGAGGUAAGAGGGGUUGAUGUGAUUUCUUAAUUCGUAUAUAUAUGGAUCAUAGUAUAUUUUUUUAAAUUAUAAACGUCUCUUAGUAGGAACUUUGUUAACAGUUUACAAACAUUCUGGGAUUUUUUCAAGUGCAUUUUUACGAUUUUGUUGCAAAUUCAGCAUGAAAAUAAUUUUCUGCCCAACAAUUAAACACCGAGAGUAGCUUCAAAUCAGAUAGGUCAAAUUGAACAGUUCUAGUGUUGCAUUAAUCAAAUUUGUUAUGGUGGUACGACUGACUGAGCGCAGUAUAAUUGAGCGCGUAGAACAAGAAGAAAAGAAAGGGAAAUUAUAACAACAAAAAUGAAUAUCGAGUUGCCAAACGUGUUUUGAGCAUUUUAACCGGAUAUUUGUCAACUAGCAGAUGCCAUCGGUUGAGUUGUACUCUUCCCGUUGUUUCUGUUUACAGACAAAAGAUGACGUAUGGUCUUCAAUGAGCCAUGGACAAAUAAGACCUUCAGAGAAACGAAGAGGAAGGAAAAGGUCAUCUAGGAACGCCAGUAGUAACUCAGAUGUAGAUGAUAGCUCCACCCGUGCAAGCCAGUUGCUUGUAAAUCAAGGCGGAAUGAUCAUUGGCUCGUACAGUCAUGAUCAUACCGGAUGUUGUGCUACGGACGAGGCAGCACCUACCGCAAAAAUUGAGGAGGAAGAACCAUCCUCUGACACCAAUGAUGAAAAAAUAAUUUCUUCCGUUGUGUUACCAGACCUGACAGAGGUCUCAAUUAUUGAGAUGUCUGUAACAGAAGAGGAGUUAAGGCUGCUCAAUCAAGAAGCCAGUUCAAGUGUUGGUUUUAUGGAGGCUCCUUAUAUGGAGGUGGAAGCAACUGCAGCACAAAUUGAGGAGGAAGCACCAUCCCCUGACACCAAUGAUCCAGGGUUAUUGACUUGUGAGAACACUCCUGCAACGUGCAUGGGUGAAGUUGAUUUCUGUGAAAAGGGUCAUUUUAAAGGCCUUGUUUCUUCAGCUAAUACCAAUGUUGGUAAAGAUGAGGUAAGAGGGGUUAAUGUGAUUUCUUAAUAAAAUUGUAUUGGUUUAGGGAAAGUCGAUGAUGACAUCAUACCAUUGUUUCUCUUCAAGGAAAUAGUAACUGCAUUAUUUAACGACUUUAAGUAACCAAUCGCAGCAAUAAAAAAUACUAUGCAUUGUUGUAGUAAAAAGAAAUGGUACAGCAGCGAGCUGCCGGUUGUGUGUGGCAGCCGAUGGAAUGCCGCAAUUGAUCCCAAUGCAGUGGGCUAGUAUUUAUCUGAAUUUAGAUGCAUCUGAAGUACCAUAAUUUAUUAAAGAACUUAAUCACAACGACUCGUUCUUCCCACAUACUAAAAACUUUAUUGGAUAGCAGCAUUUGAGGCUUGAUUUUCAUCUGCUGUCCAACUGUCAGGUUACAAGCGGCUUCAAAUCAGAUAGGUCAAAUUGGACAGUUCUAUUGCUGCAUUAAUCAAAUUUGUUAUGGUAAUACGAUUGACUGACUGAGCGCAGCAUAACUGAGCGCGUAGAACAAGAAUAAAAAUGUGUGGUAAAUUGUAAUGAUAAAAAUAAAUAUCGAGUGGCCAAACGUUUUUUGUGCAUUCUAAGCGAAUAUUCGUCAAUUGGCAGAUGCCAUCCGUUGAGCUGUAUUCUUUCUGUUAUUUCUGUUUACAGACAAAAGAUGACGUAUCGUCUUCAAUGAGCCAUGGACAAAGAAGAUCUUCAAAGAAACGAAGAGGAAGGAAAAGGUCAUCUAGAAACACCAGUAGUAACUCAGAUGUGGAUGAUAGCUCCGCCCGUGCAAGCCAGUUGCUUGUAAAUCAAGGUGGAGUGAUCAUUGGCUCGUACAGUCAUGAUCAUACCGGAUGUUGUGCUACGGACGAGACAGCAGCUGCAGCAAAAAUUGAGGAGGAAGAACCAUCCUCUGAGACCAAUGAUGAAAAAAUAAUUUCUUCCGUUGUGUUACCAGACCUGACAGAGGUCUCAAUUAUUGAGACCUCUGUAACAGAAGAGGAGUUAAGGCUGCUCAAUCAAGAGGCGAGAUCAAGUGUUGGUUUUAUGGAGGCUCCUUAUAUAGAGGUGGAAGCAGCUGCAGCACAAAUUGAGGAGGAAGAACCUUACCCUGACACCAAUGAUCCAGCGUUAUUGACUUGUGAGAACAGUCCUGCAACGUGCUUGGAUGGAGUUGACUUGUGUGAAAAGGGUGAUCAUAAAGGCCUUGUUUCUUCGCUUAAUACCAAUAAUGGUAAAGAUGAGGUAAGAGGGUUUGAUGUGAUUUCUUAAUUCGUAUAUAUAUGGAUCAUAGUAUAUUUUUUAAAAUUAUAUGGGUCUCUUAGUAGGAACUUUGUUAACAGUUUACAAACAGUUUGUGAUUUUUUCAAGUGCAUUUUUACGAUUUUGUUGCAAAUUCAGCAUGAAAAUAAUUUUCUACUUACCAGUAAACACCGAGAGCAGCUUCAAAUCAGAUAGGUCAAAUUGGACAGUUCUAGUGCUGCAUUAAUCAAAUUUGUUAUGGUGGUACGACUUACUGAGCGCAGUAUAAUUGUUGAGCGCGGAGAACAAGAAGUAAUAAUUAAUAAGUAAUAAGUAAUAAUUUUCUACUUACUAGUAAACACCGAGAAGCCAAAGUUCGUUGCUUUCUUGGAAUUUUAUUGUUUGUAUGAAUGUUUUAUUUUUUGCUCAAAUUUUGUCUUUCCGAAAAUUUCUUGAAAAACAGUGAAUAGCCAAGGAUAUUUCGAAUUUCGGGAGCCAAUAAAAACGGGGAAAUUUACUAUUCGCUGAUUUGGUGAAUAGUAACACUAGACAUCCUGUAGCCGAUCAGACCGCCCAAAAAUUAUUAUCCACUGUUGUAGUAUAUACAAAUAAAGAAUACAAGGAAUAUUAAUCUCUCAAAAUCACUUAGACUGAGUCUCGUUGGUAAGUUAAAUUUCUAAAAUGUGGUGGAAAAUUAAAAUUAAGAGAAGAUGCAGUUUUCAAAAGUUUUUUUUUUCGCAUUCCUAGCCGUUAUUUCUUUAGCAGCAGAUACCAUCCGUUGAGUUGAAUUCUUUCUGUUGUAGGAAGUCAGAGUGUUGUCUUCAAUGCGGAGCCAUGAAGAAAGAAAAUCUUCCAAGGAAAGAAGAGGAAGAAAAAGAUCAUUUAGCAGCAUGAGUAGAACCUCAGACGUGGAUAAUACUUCCCAUAUCCCAAGAAAGUUGUCGAAAUAUGAAGAAGUUGUUUCCUCAGCUAAUAUCAAUGUUGGAAAAGAUGAGGUAAGAGGGGUUGAUGUGAUUUCUUAAUAUAUAUGCAUUAGUUGCGGGGACUAUGGUGAUUAUAAAAAGAUUAGGGAAAGGUGGUGAUUCUCGUUGGUAAGUUAAAUUUCUAAAAUGUGGUGGAAAAUUUAAAUUAAGAGAUAGAUCCAGUUUUCAAAAGGUUUUUUUUUUCGCAUUCCUAGCCGAUAUUGCUUUAGCAGCAGAUACCAUCGGGUUGAGCUGUAUUCUUCCUGCUGUUUCUGUUUACAGGCAAAAGAUGACGUAUCGUCUUCAAUGAGCCAUGGACAAAUAAGACCUUCAAAGAAACGAAGAGGAAGGAUAAGGUCAUCUAGAAACACCAGUAGUAACUCAGAUGUGGAUGAUAGCUCCGCCAGUGCAAGCCAGUUGCUGGUAAAUCAAGGCAGAAUGAUCAUUGGCUCGUACAGUCAUGAUCAUACCGGAUGUUGUGCUACGGACGAGGCAGCAGCUACAGCAAAAAUUGAGGAAGAAGAACCAUCCUCUGACACCAAUGAUGGAAAAAUAAUUUCCUCCGUUGUGUUACCAGACCUGACAGAGGUCUCAAUUAUUGAGAUGUCUGUAACAGAAGAGGAGUUAAGGCUCCUCAAUCAAGAGGCGAGAUCAAGUGUUGGUUUUAUGGAGACUCCUUAUAUGGAGGUGGAAGCAGCUGCAGCACAAAUUGAGGAAGAAGCACCAUCCCCUGACACCAAUGAUCCAGGGUUAUUGACUUGUGAGAACAGUCCUGCAACGUGCAUGGGUGAAAUUGACUUGAGUGAAAAGAGUCAUCAUAAAGGCCUUGUUUCUUCGGCUAAUACCAAUGUUGGUAAAGAUGAGGUAAGAGGGGUUUAUGUGAUUUCUUAACUUAUAUAAUAUAUACGGAUCAUUGUAUAUUUUUUUGAAAUUAUAAACAUCACUUAGUAGGAACUUUGUUAACGGUUUACAAACGUUUUGGGAUUUUGUCAAGUGCAUUUUUUCGAUUUUGGUGGAAAUUUAGCAUGAAAAUAAUUUUCUACUUACCAGUAAACGCCGAGAAGCCAAAGUUCGUCGUUUUCUUGGAAUUUUAUUUUUAGUACGAAUGUUUCAUUUAUAGCUCAAAUUUUGUCUUUCCGAAACGUUUUCGAAAAAUAGUGAAUAGCCAAGGAUAUUUCGAAUUUCGGGAGCCAAUCAAAACACGCGAAAAUUACUAUUCGCUUAUUUGGUGAAUACUAACACUAGAUAUCCUGUAGCCAAUCACAGCACCCAAAAAUUACUAUCGACUUUUGUAGUAUGUACAAAUAAAGAAUACAAGGAAUAUUAAUCUCUCAAAAUCACUUGGACUGAGUCUCGUUGGUAAGUUAAAUUUCUAAAAUGUGGUGGAAAAUUUAAAUUAAGAGAAGAUCCAGUUUUCAAAAGUUUUUUUUUCGCAUUCCUAGCCGAUAUUGCUUUAGCAGCAGAUACCAUCCGUUGAGCUGUAUUCUUCCUGUUGUAGGAAGUCAGAGUGUUGUCUUCAAUGCGGAGCCAUGAAGAAAGAAAAUCUUCCAAGAAAAGAAGAGGAAGAAAAAGAUCAUUUAGCAACAUGAGUAGAACCUCAGACGGGGAUAAUACUUCCCAUAUCCCAAGAAAGUUGUCGAAAUAUGAAGAAGUUGUUUCCUCAGCUAAUAUCAAUGUUGGAAAAGAUGAGGUAAGAGGGGUUGAUGUGAUUUCUUAAUAUAUAUGCAUUAGUUGCGGGGACUAUGGUGAUUAUAAAAAGAUUAGGGAAAGGUGGCGAUGACAUCAUAUCAUAGGUUCUCUUCAAGGAAAUAUUAACUGCACUAUUUAACCGUAAGUACUCUACUUUAUGUUUGCAUCAGUUUCAGGUUACAGAGAUCCUUAUGAAGGACUUAGCCUUCUAGGCAAAAUUCCUGACGGGCAAAAGUAAUGAUUUCGAAUGAAUAAACAAUUAUGGAUAUUUGAGUUACCUAGAAUAGUCAAGGUGGAGGUACAAAAACCGAAUCUAGCUAAUAGUUUUAUAUUGUUAUAUUAUGAGUUGUAAGCAACUAAUCUUCUUGGAGUCUGAUCUAUAUGUCAGUUUUUUUUUUUAACCAAAUCGUAUAUAUCCAUUGCAUUAGAUGGUGGCCGGCCGGGUUUUGUAGAACAAAAAAUACAAAUGGCAAAUAAAUACUGACAACACCAUCAUAUGCAAUUGACUGAGUGCGAAAGAGUUGUGGCGUAAUCACGGAAUUUGAACAUAGGAUUUUUGUUAAGCUGCAUGCAUGUGAGAUUCAUGUAUAUAUAGAUUACUCUGGUGGGGGAGGGGGUGACUCUUAAAGAUUAGGGUGGCGAUUAUAUAAUAUAAUGCUGUUGGGUCUCGUCAAGUAAAUCAAAACGUUUACUGGUAUAUGAACAACUGCAUUAUUUAACUGUUAGUACUUUUCUUUAUAUUUGCGUGAGCUACAGUGUACGAGGAUGCUUACGGGCGACACUUACGGAUAAAGAAAUUCGUAACGGGCAAAAAAUUGUCGGUGAAAAACUAACAAAGUUUUGAUAAGGCCUUAAAGGGGAAAUUCCUUUAUCUUUAUUUCGGAAUAUUUAAGAAUACAAGGAUUAAUCUCUAAAGGCUAGGUGAGCGUACGACUACACGUAGGAUAUAUCCAUUCAUCGAUCUGAUUCUUCGUUUUGAAUUGCAGACUGUUUACUAGAUACUGCACUUGAUCUUCCAUCAGCACCUUAAGCGAUCAUGUGAUCGCUGGUAUUGCUUGAAAUAUAACCGAUUUGCCGUACCCUGUCGGUAGAGAUACCAAGAUAUCUUUUCCCUCAAAAAAAAUAAUAACAAUGUAAUAAUGAAUGGUUUCCUGCUGCUUUUUGCGCAGUUGUAGAAUGCGAAAUGUUUCACAAACUUGAUUGAAAGCAGCUUCUUACGUCCUUGCAAUUUCGAAGUUAGCAAUUUCGUCGCCAUUUUGUCGUGUUCUUGUGUGUUUCCCGUUUAAGCCAAUGAGCGCCUCCGAAAGAAAUAAUCGAAGGGGCAGCCAGUGAAAGACUAUUAUAUAUUUUCUUGCAAAAGGAGAUCGUAGAUGCUUCCUCUUGUUUACUUCAAAUAUCAUAAUGACAGUAACUCUUUCUUUGCUAAUCACAAAUUAUUGCAGUUGUUCUUAAAACAACAGUACAACGCAUGUGCAUUAAUUUUAUCACUGUCCUUGUUUGAUCGCAGGAACCUUUCAGAGGAAGCGGAAUGAUUUGUAUGGCUCCAUUUACAAGUGAGGCUUGCUCUUCAGGAGGUGAGUUGGGGAAUAUCUAUCAUUAACUGUGCUGCUACAAACGUCUUCUUCUAUAUCUGGCUCGUUUUAUAAAUGUUUAGAAUCUAAUGCUAAAAUUUCUAUGAAAGCAAAAUUUUUAAAAAAGUAACCUCUGUAAAUAAUCACACACUAGCUUCAUUUAGUCCUUCAAAAAAGUAUGUUCUUAUAAUCUCCAUAAAAACAAUGUGCCCGUCCUAAAAUAUUACUGAUUGAUAAAUGUUUGCCUUUGUAAAUAGGUUAAUUUUUAAACAUAACCUUAGGAAUCCGAUAGGAUGGUUAGGAUUUUUUAAUAAGUUCAUUUAUUUUAUUAUUAAUUACGGUAUUCAUGUAACAUGAGAUAUGUAUCUUUAUCUUGUGGAAAUGAAGACCAUUAUUAUAUGUGUGAGUUAGUACGGGCGCUGUGAUUGGUCAAUUUGCGGGCCGUAUUGUACUGUACGGCCCGCUAAAUUUUGAAGUUUCCUUCCCGUGCGCCCAAUUAUAAACCUCAGAGAUAUAAUAAAUAUCUUACUAACCUCGUUUUUCUCGGUCCGUACUGUUAUUUACAGUAGGGACCGAGAAAAACGAGGUUAGUAAGAGGUAUUUGUUAUUAUCAGCAAAAUAAUAAAUUUUGAGCCUCAAAAACAAACCUUGUCUUUAGCAGCUGUUUUCCUUACCAUUUUAGGUGUUAAAAAGAACUAAAGAAAAAACCAAAAUAUACUAUUUCAAUUUCAGAAACUGUUGCACAACCACUGCCAAUGACGGCAACAGUGAAGCGAGAAUUGCCGGCGGCGUUUGAUCCUGUACCUAGCACUGUGGAACCGGAUCUUGAAUCGUCCGAUGUUAUGGGAUAUGUUCGCUAUUUUGUAUCUGCUGCGUUCAAUGCCUUGUUUGGUGGAAACUUUGAAGCCCAGGCGGCUGCUGUUGCAGCCUUGCCUGCCAACUGGGGCCAACCAUUAGAGGUACUAUAUAGGAACCUUUAUAUAUUAAUGAGCUACCAUACGUAUUUUCUUUUAUUUUAAGGAGCUGUGUCAUUAAAUUUAUCAAAUUUUAAAUAGUAGGAGCUGACACAUUAAUUGAAACAUUAAAUGAUAGCUCAAAACAUGAAAAGCAGAUCUAAACUGAACAAAGCAAAUACAAAGCCAGGCACGGAUCGACAAACUUGAAGAAGAUUAAAACGGCUUUGAAAACUUCUUAGCCUAACAGUUUUUCGAGGUUUAUCCAUCUUUUGACCAACUAUUGCCUGAUUGAUAGCAGUCAGCACCCAGUGUUUGAACAACUCUGGCGUGGAAGGCAACUUUAAAAAAAAAACAGUCCUCCCAACUGAAGAAAGUUCAGGUUUUUAAAAGAGAAAGGAAAAUAAGCAGUUAAAUUUCAGGACUCAAUUAGUUUCUUUAAUUUCAUUUAGGACCAUCCUACCCAUGCUUUGAACACCAGGUCACGCCGAAGAAGGUUGCGUAGAGUUUGGAAUGGAGAAGAGUUCGUUUCUGAGGUAAUUAAGGUCGAUCGCCCGUUAUCUACAUUGACACGCUGUAGUUAAUGAAGUUCUCAAUCUCAAUAGUAGAGCGAGCCUAUAACAUUCUCGAGCCCAGAAACCCUCGUGACUUGUUUCACUUGGUCUUGUAAUUUUGCUCUUACGUGAUUAGAGCUAUGAGGCCCUGUAGACGAGAAAUGGAUACAUGAAGAUGUAGCCAGUUUUGUUGAGGGAAUUCUGUAACGUCUUGCUGACUGGAGAUCUUAGUAUCUGUCAGUCCGACUAUCAUAACUAUAGCAUAGAUAUCAGCUUUUGUUGAAUCCCAAUCACUUUUGCACUUUACAAUACCCCAGAAUAACAUCAAUACAUAAACAAUAGAAAAGGUUAUCGGUAUGAGCAUUAAUAACAUGGUAAGAGGGGGUAAUUACUUGUACGGUACUUUGAUCUUUAAACAACUGCUAAUAGUGACACUUUGUGGUUCUUUUUACACAGGAGGCGAGGCGUGAGGAAACCAAACCUUACACCCGGAGAUCGCGCCGCCGAAAGAACUGA